UGGUCCACCCUCUGCUCCUGGCUGUUUUGGGAUCUGCUUUUAGAGCGGAAUGAACCGCCGAGUUGCGUUAGUUACGACUCCCUUACAAAACAACGUUUUUAUUCCAUUAAUUUGAGAAGAAACACGGCUCUAUAUAGUCGUAAAUACGUAUGCGACGAGAUAUACAGUGAGAUGGCAGUUGCGUACACCCUUUGUAGGGAAUCCCUUGUGUUCUUUUCCCUCUGAAUUUGAAAGAAGUGCAUUGAGAUCGAGGGGCGCCUGCUGUCCAUUGAAGCAAGAAGCCUAAUGUUUUCGCCAAGCCAGGAGGAGCAGUGCGCCCCUACAAAAGACCCAAUAAAAUACGGGGAGUUGGUAGUAUUAGGGUACAAUGGCUCCCUCCCGAACGGAGACCGGGGCAGAAGGAAAAGCCGCUUCGCCCUGUACAAGAGAACCAAAGCCAACGGUGUUAAACCCAGCACCGUCCAUAUCCUCAACACCCCACAGGCCAGCAAGGCGGUGAACUGCAAAGGGCAGCACAGUAUUUCCUACACUCUGUCCAGGAACCAGACGGUAGUGGUGGAAUACUGCCAUGACAAUGACACAGACAUGUUUCAGAUUGGCCGCUCCACAGAGAGCCCCAUAGACUUUGUGGUGACGGACACAGUGUCUGGGGGUCAGGAGGGAGAGGAGACGCCCAUCACCCAGAGCACAAUCUCGCGCUUCGCCUGCCGUGUCGUCUGUGAGCGGGUCCUGCCCUACACCGCCCGCAUCUACGCUGCUGGCUUUGACUCCUCCAAGAACAUCUUCCUGGGGGAAAAAGCCGCCAAGUGGAAGAACCCGGAUGGUCACAUGGACGGGCUAACAACCAAUGGAGUGCUGGUGAUGCACCCCAGGGGUGGGUUCACGGAGGAGUCCAAGCCCGGUGUAUGGAGGGAGAUCUCUGUGUGUGGGGACGUUUACACCUUGAGAGAGACCCGCUCUGCUCAGACCCGCGGCAAACUGGUGGAGUGUGAGAGCAACGUGCUGCAGGACGGCUCCCUGGUAGACCUGUGUGGAGCCACCCUGCUGUGGCGCACAGCUGACGGCCUCUUCCACACGCCCACCCAGAAGCACCUGGAGGCCCUGCGGCAGGAGAUUAACGCAGCGCGGCCCCAGUGCCCUGUGGGCCUCAACACCCUGGCUUUCCCCAGCAUGCAGCGCAGCCGCGCCCUCUCCUCCCUGGAGGACAAGCAGCCCUGGGUCUACCUGGCCUGUGGCCACGUGCAUGGCUACCACAACUGGGGUCACCGCUCUGAGCAGGAGCCCAACGCCCAGCGAGAGUGCCCCAUGUGCCGGACCGUGGGACCCUACGUGCCGCUGUGGCUGGGCUGCGAGCCCGCCUUCUACGUGGACGUGGGCGCCCCCACACACGCCUUUGUGCCGUGCGGACACGUGUGCUCGGAGAAGUCGGCAAAGUACUGGGCGGAGAUCCCUCUGCCCCAUGGCACCCACGCCUUCCACGCUGCCUGCCCAUUCUGUGCCACCCAGCUCAGCCUCACCCAGGGCUGUGCCAAGCUCAUCUUCCAGGGCCCCAUUGACUGAGCUGCGGGGCCUUGGGUUGGGUGAAAGAACGAAGCAGGAGGGCCAACAUGCUGUGAAACUGUUCAGACUAUUUAGUGCUUUGUUUUUUUAUCACCGGACUGGAAAUAGGAGGAACGCUUCACAAGGCUGAUGGUGUACUACAACAGUGUGUUCCAAGUUUCCAUGGAGAUGGGCCUGAAGCCAGUGGUCCAUUACAGUGUUUGGUUUGGGCUUCUGGUCCGCUGGAUGGCCACUGUGGUGUACACACAGCGAUGUGGAGCACAGUGGACCUAAGGAACAACCACAGAAGCCAUCAUACUCUUCAGCUGCCAGCCGUCAGCUUUCAACUCAACUGAGCUAACUCUCUGGACUGUGCAAGCUAAAAUGGCUGCUCAUUUCAAGUAGAAGGGCUACAAAACGGGUUUAUCGAUCAUAGUUAGGGUCUGUGGGGGUUGGGUGGGGUGGGUUCAUGGUGGGCCUGAGGUGCAUGAUUUUCACAGAGCCAGACAGCUGGUCUGUUGGCUGGGAGGAGGACCGAGCGAGCCAGCGAGGUUCAUGGGUAACUAGUUAAGUGCUCCCCAUUGGCUCCUCAACCCUUAUCUGAUUUGUAAUGGCAUCCAGAACAUUUAGCCUUUCCAGAGGUGAGUUGAACUCUGUUCUGUUCAGGGAACAGAUCCUUAAAAGAAAACAAGUGUUUUUCUCUCCUCUUGUACAGAGAUGUAUUCCAGUGCCUGGGGCUCCCAAUAAAACCCUGGGUAUUUUUUACUAAAUGGAAAAAAGCUAUUUUGUUGAGGGUUAAGGGAGGGGGAGAGUUUUACAUACAUAAAGUAUAAAGACAUGUAACCCACAUGGAUUAUUUUCCAUAUUUCUAUUAUUUCUUAAGUAUUUUACUACACUGAGGUGUACAGUAAAAAAAAAAAUGAAAAUGUUAAUAUAUUUUUCUCUUGUGUAACUAUUGUGUGCAUGUGGGUUGGAUCAUAUGGGUGUGCUUGAAUGUGUCAACACCGGCUCAUACGGAGACAUUAGUCCCUUAUGACGUAACAACCAAAAGGCAACAACAGGCCACUGGCAUGAACCUUGUGGGUCAUGACAAUAAAUGUAUUAAAAUACAUACUCUCCUCACCAUUGGCGCUUUAGCCUAAAUUAUGCAAUUGCUUUACUGAAGGGCUAGGUCUGUUCCUUCUAAAUAUACUGUAAAACUCGGGUGUCUCAUGAUAUCAGUAAGGCCGUCGUCAUAUCUAGUGAAAUAGAUGAGCUUUUGGAAGUGUAACUCACUCAGUCACACAUCAACCCACACCUUACUGUCUUUGGUCUUGUCCCACACUCCCAGAUACUGUGUUCAAUGUGCACUGUUGAAUUUGUAGCUUUAUCUCAUGCUGGGUUUUAUCCAAUGAUUUGUACGCUCCCAAACCUGGGCACAGUCACUGCAGCAUUGACGGAUUAUACCAAAUAUAAAAUGAGUUCUCUCUGAUGCAACAACUGCUUCCUGCAACCCAAAGUGUUACUGUUAGCGAAUUAAAAAUCUAACUGCUAUUGUAGAAUACAAAACAAAUCUAGUUCUGGAUGACAGUCAAAGCUAUUUGGUUGUACUCAUUCUCACAAGGAUAAUAUCAUGUGCAAUGCCAACUUUAUCAAAUCCAAUUGUGGAGAUGGAUCAAGUGGGCCAAAUACGUAUGAAUGGAUAAGAACUGACGUUGGAGUUGGUCUGUGAGAUGGAAAUAAGUUGAAACUGAAGAAUUAGAAACAAAUGUGUGUGCUCUUCUUCGAUGCGGGCUAGUUUGACUGUGCCCAUGUAUGUAGAGUGUAGCUCAACAUAUACAAACCACCACUGUAUUAAUGGAUAGGAUAGUGAGCAUCAUGAUACUGAGAUGUUAAGUGUUCUUACUGUAGCUAUGUACAAGUUGCACAAUGAAUGAACAUGUUGGAAGAGAGCUAUUCUUUUCAGCUACACUGAGAAGCCAAAUAAUAUAGUGACAUCACGUGUGUCUCUACAAUGCACAUGGGCUCAAAUACAGUACUGACAAGUGGUGUGUCCUCUCCUUUUGUUGGUGGACUACAGAGGUUCCCCCUCCAGAUGUGAGGUCUUGGUAGUAUGAAGCUAACAGUAAGACUGAUGUGGUGACAUGACAGGUGAUCAUUCAAUGGCUUUGAUUGUAACUUCUAUGUGAUGAGUAGCAGGGUAAAAGAAGGGUAUCUACAUUAGCAUUCCCCCCACUGUGCCCAGUCAGUGCUGACAGUACGCAGAUAAAGACCAUGCUCUGGAACAGCUGUAAUGUAGCACAAACAUUCCUCCUUGAAUACUUGGGAGGCAUAGCCGCGGGAAGUAAGUGUGCUGAGGGUGCUGUAACACCCCCUGAAAAAUCAGAACACAAAAAAAAGAACAAUGUCUCACAAAAGUAGUGCACUGGUUCUUUACUAGUCCUGUAUUAGCGGACCGAUGUAGCGCGUCUGAAAAAAUCGCAGCACCCCCAUCCCCAAACAUCUUCCCUAUGUUGGGAGGGGUCCUGUGGUUGGUUCACUCAAGGACCUGCUCAGUGCAUUUUGUCUCCAAACUCUGUACACAGGUCAUAGCUUGCACUGAUGCUCCCAAAGCCUACUUGCAAAAAUAAACCAUUUGUUUA